AGAGAGACUGUCACAGAUCUUCACAGAUUGUUGUAACGGACUGUCCAUUAUGAUCGGGUCAGUACCUACAGAAAUUGAAGAAAAAGAAGAAAUGAUCACAAAUACCACAGAAUGGAAAACAGUGUCAGACCCAAAACAAGCUGGUUUGCUAUUUUCACAAGACCUUCUUCACAGCAACAGAGAUUCAAAAAGCCUGUUUCUGAGUGUGGACAUCAGACAAGACAAGGAGGAGCAAGACCGAACUUUAGUCACAUUCUACAAGAGAGACAACAUUCGGUGGACGUCGCCACUUCAAUGCAAACUUCAAGGCGACGUUGCAACAGGAAGUGGGGUCAACCGUCACAUGAUGUCAACAGUGAUUUUCAAGCUUAUGAGUGGAUUCCAUAUAAAAUUCGGAAGUGCAGCCGUCACCAAAAUCUUCGAAGGUGAGCCUGAUCACCUCAUCCCUUCAGUUUUAGAUGAACUGCUUGACAAAAACAUGUUCACAGUCGCAGGCCGGAUGAUUGGCCACUCCUUCCUGCAUAACGGCCCGAGAUUCCCAGGACUUAGCCCAGCUAUUAUUCACAUUCUCCUUGGGGGUCCGUUGGAGACUACUCCUGUGACAAUACAAGACUGCCCUGACCUCGACAUCCGAGACGCUGUGAACAUGCUUGAUGGAGACGCCGAAUUAAAAGAAUUAGACGCCAUCCAUCAGCUCUGCCUGUCGUGGGACCUGCCAGCACCAAAUGUCACCAACAGGAAAUGGCUGUCUGAAAAGCUUCUCUUGCAUGCUGUUAUCGAGCGAACAAGGCGUCAAAUCAAUCAGUUCCAAAAAGGCUUAAAAGAGACAGGACUGUGGCACCUUCUCAUUCACAGAAGAGAUGUAAUCCCAAUCCUGUUUCCCAGGGAAUCUGAAGCAGAAGUCACACCUCAGAUGAUCCUGGAUUGCAUCACAUGGCCAUCGUUCAUAACUGUCAUCUUUGACAGCUACAAAAUUGAAGACAAUGUUGAGUCUGAUGUCAUGGAUGUAUGUCGAGUAUCUGGCUACUUGAAAAUCUUUAUUGAAAAUGCAUCACAGGCUAAGCUAAAGAGCCUCAUAAAGUUCUGGAUAGGAUGGGAGGUGCCGGUCACAGAGAUGAAGGUGGAAAUAGUUGAGGCCACACUUCCGACAGCUUUAACGUGUUUUGAGAAGCUGAGGCUGCCGAGGCAUUAUAAUGCGUACAAUACAUUUCAUCAGGAUUUGUGUGCAUGCAUAUCUAGCAGUUACAGCGGUUUUGGCUGUGCCUGAAGUGGAAUAAUGUUCACUUUAAAUGUAUGUAGAUUGAAUGUGUGGAACUUGCCAAUGAUCAUAAUAAAACCAUCUUUGAUUA